GAUGAUAACAACAACGACAACGGAGUCUCAGACGGCGUCGUUUUGAGGGACGCCACGAAAAUGGAGCUAAACGGUGAUGAUGGUGAACAUAAAGAGGAAUUUGUAGAGGCCAAUGGGGAUGCAAUCCUGAAUGAAGUUGAAGUUGAAUUGGACACAAUAGGUGGUGGAGACAUGGACGAAUUUCAUGACUCUGAAACUAAAGGGUUGGAUGAUGAGUUUGACCCUAUUGAACAAAAUGCUUCUGAAGGAGAAGCUUUUGAUGAUAAUUACUGUGGAAAGGGGGUUGACAUUGCUGUUUUGGAGAAGGAUGAAGAGAUUUUAGAAUUUCCAAGGGACACUGUAAAGGCCGUGCAAGAUGAAAUAAAAAUAGAGACUCAUGCUGAUGAAGGGGAAGAACAUUAUCCUGGUAACACAGAGAUUAAUGGUUCAGUGUCAGAUGAGGAAGAGGGUGAAGAAGUGAUAUUUGGAAGCUCUGAAGCUGCAAAGCGGUUCUUGGAGGAGCUUGAACAUGAACAGCAAUCAGGCAUUGGUGCUUAUGGUUCACAUGAUCUCUCUCAGAGAAUUGAUGGUCAGAUUGUGACUGACUCGGAGGACACUGAUGAUGAAGGAGAUGGUAAGAAGCUGUUUGAUACUGCUGCCUUGGCUGCUCUUUUGAAAGGAGCAACAGUAGCUGGAGAAGAUGGUGGCAGUAUCACCAUAACCUCUCAAGAUGGAUCAAGGCUUUUCUCUGUUGAGCGCCCGGCCGGUUUGGGACCGUUAUUUCGAACCGGUAAACCUGCCAUCGACUCAAAUCAUGAUAAUCUUUUCAGUUCUUCCAUUAGUACAGUCGGAGCUGGUACCAAUUCUGAUAUCCAGUUGAGUGAAGAAGAAAAGAGGAAAUUGGAGAAAUUGCAGCAAAUCAGGAUUAAGUUCUUAAGACUAGCUCGGAGGCUUGGUUUUACUCCUGAAGAAUCAAUAGCAGUUCAGGUUCUGUACCGGUUGACGCUUGUUGCUGGGAGGCAAACUGGUCAAAUAUUUAGCCUAGAUGCUGCAAAGGAGAGUGCUAGCCAGCUUGAGGCAGAAGGAAGAGAUGAUUUGAAUUUUUCUUUAAAUAUACUGGUUCUUGGGAAGACAGGUGUGGGCAAGAGUGCUACAAUAAAUUCAAUUUUUGGUGAAAAUAAGGCCAGCAUUGGUGCAUAUGGUCCUGCCACAACUUCUGUGACAGAAAUUGUUGGGAUGGUUGAUGGAGUUAAGAUAAGGAUUUUUGACACACCAGGUCUGAAGUCAUCAGCAAUGGAACAAAGUUUCAAUAGAAAAGUCUUAUCUAUGGUUAAGAAGUUAACAAAUAAAUCCCCUCCUGAUAUUGUCCUCUAUGUGGAUCGUUUGGACACACAAAAUAAGGAUCUCAAUGAUCUACCACUGUUAAGAUCAAUUUCUAAUGUCCUUGGUCCAUCAAUAUGGCAAAAUGCUGUAGUUGUUCUGACUCAUGCUGCCACUGCCCCCCCAGAUGGGCCAUCAGGUUCCCCAUUGAGUUAUGAUGUAUUUGUGGCUCAAAGAACUCAUAUAGUUCAACAAACCAUUGGACAAGCUGUUGGGGACCUGCGUCUUAUGAAUCCAACUUUUAUGAAUCCAGUUUCUCUUGCUGAAAACCAUCCUUCUUGUCGAAAAAAUAGAGAUGGCCAGAAAGUGCUUCCUAAUGGUCAAAGUUGGAGACCCCUCUUGUUGCUCUUAUGCUACUCGAUGAAGAUUCUCUCUGAAGCCAGUAACCUUUCAAAAACUCAAGAAUCACUUGACCACCACAACCUGUUUGGUUUUCGUGUCCGCUCCCCACCACUUCCAUACUUUUUAUCUUGGUUAUUGCAGUCACGUAGCCAUCCAAAACUCCCUGCUGAUCAAGGUGGUGUUGACAAUGGGGAUUCUGAUAUUGAGUUGGCUGACUUAUCUGAUUCUGAUUUAGAUGAAGAUGAAGAUGAAUAUGACCAGCUCCUGCCAUUUAAGCCUCUUAAGAAAUCUCAGGUUGCUAAGCUUAGUAGAGAACAGCGAAAAGCAUACUUUGAGGAAUAUGAUUAUCGGGUCAAACUUCUACAGAAGAAGCUGUGGAAAGAGGAGUUAAGAAGGAUGAGAGAGAUGAAGAAAAAAGGCAAGACUGAUGGAAACAAUUAUGGUUACAUUGAAGAAGAAGACGAACAAGAAAAUGGUAGUCCAGCUGCUGUGCCAGUUCCAUUGCCUGAUAUGACCCUGCCACCAUCCUUUGACAGUGAUAAUCCAGCCUAUAGAUACCGUUUUUUAGAGCCAACUUCCCAGUUCCUGACAAGGCCAGUGUUAGACACCCAUAGUUGGGACCAUGAUUGUGGUUACGAUGGUGUAAACCUUGAACACAGUCUUGCCAUUAUCAAUAAAUUCCCAGCAGCUAUUGCUGUUCAGAUCACAAAGGAUAAGAAAGACUUCAGUGUCCACUUGGAUUCCUCAGUUUCUGGGAAACAUGGAGAGAAUGGAUCAAGCAUGGCUGGCUUUGACAUAAAAAACAUUGGAAAGCAGCUAGCUUACAUUCUUAGGGCUGAGACAAAAUUCAAAAAUUUCAAAAGGAAUAAAACUGGUGCUGGUGUAUCUGUGACAUUUUUGGGUGAAAAUGUAUCCACUGGGCUGAAAGUUGAGGAUCAGAUAGCUCUGGGGAAACGCUUGGUAUUACUGGGCAGCUCUUCGAUUGUGGGGUGUAAAGGAGAGUCUGCUUAUGGCACCAAUGUAGAAGUGCGGUUUAGAGAGGCAGAUUUUCCAAUUGGUCAGGACCAGUCUUCAUUGGGUCUUUCUCUGGUGAAGUGGAGAGGGGAAUUGGCUUUAGGGGCCAAUUUUGAUUCCCAUUUUUGUAUUGGACGAACUUAUAAGAUGGCUGUUCGUGCUGGAUUGAACAACAAGCUCAGUGGACAGAUCUCUGUGAGAACAAGUAGUUCAGACCAACUUCAGAUUGCCCUUCUUGCGAUUCUUCCAAUUGCCAGGGCUAUCUAUGAAAACUUCUGGUCUAAGGCUAGUGGAAAUUCUUCAAUCUAUUAAAUUUUGUUCUUUUGCUUGUGUUACCAUUUCAGUAAGUAGAUUUUGAGUUGAACAU